AUGAAGCGAGUAUUCCAGCGCCGCGAAAGUGAUGAUAAGGGAGACACCUCGGAAGGGAAUCCGGAACCGAUUGGGCUUGAGCUCUGGUACGAAGGACCAAAUGCCGAAUUUGAUAUUAUCUUCAUCCAUGGACUCAUGGGAAAUCGAAACAAGACAUGGCAGGCGACAGGCAGUAACGGUUUGAAGCUCGAGCCUUGGCCGAAGGCUCUGCUUCCUGCAAAGCUCCCUGAAUCUCGAAUCUUCACAUUCGGUUACGAUGCGAAAGUCACAGAUACGAAGGAGUUCAUGGGGAAGGUGUCUGAAAAAACACUACGAGAUCAUGCCGCAGAGCUGAUCUAUUCGAUUUGCCACCAACGCCGAGCCUCUGCGUCCACUGACCGCUCACUUAUAUUUGUUUGCCAUAGUCUGGGAGGUCUCGUUUGUAAAGAGGUGCUGCUCCCUGAAAGGCACGAUCUGAAAAGCUGGACAGAUUUGCUAAUUUCCAAGCAGGGCCUACUUUUUGCAAACCAACGGUCCGAUUAUCGACAAAUUUUCCAGUCCACGAGAGGAAUUAUCUUCAUGGGAACACCGCAUCAUGGAUCUGAAGCCGCAUCAUAUGCUCAACAUCUGACAAACUUGAUGAGCAGUAUGAAACAAGUUAACACCAAGCUCCUUGAAGCUCUGAAGAAAGACUCCGAGAUGUUAGAAAAUAUCCAUGACGACUUUUGUUUACUUAUUCGGGAGAAGCGACAGUCGUCCAUGGAAAGGGCUCCUGGCAUUGUUUGUUUCUUUGAGGAACUUCCGAUGCGGGCACUGGGUUGUGUUGUAUCCAAGACUUCGGCAACCAUCCCUGGUUUCGCUUGCCGGGGAAUCCAUGCAAACCAUAAGGGGAUGACCAAAUUUUCAUCGGAGAACGACACAGGAUUUAAGAGCUUUUUUGAAGAGUUAUCGGGAUUUCUCCCUCCUUCCGUCAGACUAACCGUUACGGAUUUGGCAGUGUGUGCUCCCAAACAAAAUUUAAUUUCUAUUGAAAAAGAAUCAGACAAAGGAAAAGGAUCGUGCGAUGAAGCACCCUUCGACACCGAACUUUCUAGCCUUUCUGAUGUUUCAAAAGUGGCACGGCCAACGACUGAACUGGACGAUGUGGUUGAUGCCCGAUAUCCAGCAUUUAAUCGAAACUUUGUAUCUACUAGACGAGCUUGCGACGGAUGCCUUUGCUUCCGUACGGUUUCCCGAGAAUCGUCCAUGGUGAACUUAUUUUUCUUGAAAUCAAGUGGCGAGAAGGUGGAAAUUGCCCAGCACCAGCCAAGUUGCCGAUUUCGCAAUCAGAUGAGAAUCCUUAAGCGAUCCCAGACCGUCGAAUUCCGGGGAAACUGGAUAUCAUGGAGAAUCGCAUUUCAUCUCACGACGGCAAACCAUAAUAUCAACCGCUCGAUCAGCUGUGUCAAGGUCCUUGGCGAGGACGCUCCCGCUUUGAAACUAUACGAAUCCUCGCUGGCGCUCUCUCGGAAUCCUUGGGAUGCUACAUACAGUCAGAAAUUCGUUACACAGUUGGCACAACACAUACUGCGAUUGCAUCGCGAAGGACGCGCUUCCAUAUCUGAUGUGUGCCUAAAUGGACUUACUGGCCUCGACAUGAUCAUGGACAUAUUCUUUCAAUAUAAUAUUUCUUUUACCACCUUGUCCAGUGGAGAUCGCCUUUCCGUAUUAAGGGUUCUUAUGAACCUCUUAGAUGACCUUCGGUUUCUUGGGAAACUACCUAAGUGGAAGGGACUGUUGUUUCAGACAAAGGCUAAAAUCAGACAAAGGCUAAAAAAGAUCAAUUCCAAAUUUAUUUCGACAAUUCUGGGUAAAAUUGAUGUUAUGCACAUAUAUAACGUAUUCUACUUUGGUCUUACGGGGGAAAUUCAAGGGCUGUUCAAAAAGUUGAUUCUCUUGGGCUGGGAUCUAAACCCGGAAUUAAGAGAGAAUUCCACUAGCGAAGGAUCCGGCGUGCUUUUUGCCGUCCAACAUCAUUAUGAAAUUCUCGAAGACCAUGUCAAAAGUCCUGUGACAGCCGCCAUUUCGGCCAGAGACUACGACCAACUACGUGAGGUGCUUCGAAAAGACCCGGCUUGCGCCGCAGAAUAUGUUGAUUCUCUGGGUGUUAGCUGCUUGGCUCUUUCCACACUGUGGCCACGAGGUUUCAAGUUGAUGUUGGAUGCAUUUGCGUCCACAAAUCCCAUAGAACGUCAUCCAUCAAUAGUAGCCGAGGCUAUAUAUCUUGUUCGAGAAUACCACCUGGACAACUGUACACAUGGUGAAUGCAAAUCAGGUGAUGACGGGACUGGGAAUCAUCACUUCGAGCACACCAUUUUGGGGCCUCUCAUUGGGCUUGGGAUACCGUGCAGAUUUCAUCAAAUUCUUCGAGAGGCUCGAUGGUUUGGGCGUUUUUGUUACUUUCUCGACACUAUGUUCUUCACCACCUUGAAGUCGCAACGAGAAGAGCUAAAAGCUCUAGGUUUAAGACAUUUAAGCCAACCGGACAUUGUUAAAUACGGCCUCUUAGAAGACUCUAUACUGGACGGACAAGCUGGGUUAGUCACAGCGAAACUACAUGAACUGGGUGUCCCAGUAUCAGAGGUCUUAUACGUUCCUUUGGACUACCACUCAGUGCAUCGUAACUUGAUAAAUCACCCGCACCGUUCGGAUCGCUUGGAAUACUUAUGGCAAAUCGGGUUUCGUGAUAUUAACGGUGUGAGCAUGAGUGGUGCUGGCCAAGAUUGCAUUGAUAUAAGUUUUGCGUCAGUGUCAUGGUACAUUCGUCAUGGUGUUGAUUUAAACGUCCUUGAAAAUGAACCGCAAGUUGAUGAGCUUUCAGAAACUGGUACUCUCUUGGCAUCACACAUAACUUCAUGGAAGCUAGCAGUGGAUUUCUGUAAUUCCUGCAACAGCCUUAGCCCGGAAGUAGUAGAAGUUCUACUCGAAAUAUGUGGCUGGACAGCUUUAGAUUGUUGCCGGUGCCAAUGUUCACCGCUGGGGUGCUCUGCCUUCAAAGUGUUCUUUCAUCAUGUUUUCUCCUUUAUAUGCAAACAUGGCAAGAAAACAAGCACAAAAGGAUGGCCAUUCCCUUCCUCCCUGAACGAAAUCUUUAAGGCUCAAAGAUUGCAAAUCGUUCGUUUCAUGACCUUCCAGGAACUGGAUAUUCCUCAUACUUGUUGCACCAGAGUCAAUCGGCGGAUUUCUGAUGUCGAUUUGGAUGAGGCGAGAGAGAUUAAUGAAGAAUAUCGGCUUUCAAUCGACCAGCUCAACUCUCUAGUGGCUGAGUUUGAAGACGUUAUGGAAGAGGAAGGUUUUUCGAUAGGGGAUUUCAUCAAUAAUCAUUGGGCCCAGAAGAUGGAAGAAGUCAAGAGAAGUCAUGCUGAAAUUGUACUGACUAGCGCAGAGCUUGAUGGUGCAAGGGAGAUUGGUGUUACUUGGGGCCCGGUACUUGCCGAGGAAACUGACGUUUUGACCACGGAAAUAGCCAUGGAUAAAAAGCUUCAACGGUGGCUGAAUGAGAUGGAUAGUUUGUAG